AAUAAACUAUAAAUAAAUAUCAAUCAAUUGCUACAACAUUAACACACAGUCCAAUAUCCCCUUAAAAAAUUUUACACACAACCAUGUCAACAAAAUUAAUCAAAAUCACAAGCCUCAGUCUUCUGUUAUGGCUCUUCAUGGCUGCACCAAUUCUAGCACAAUCUGAAAACGAACAAGUUCUUGACACAAAAGGUAACCCUCUUGUGAGUGGCAAAGAGUAUUACAUAAAACCAGCUAUAACAGAUAGUGGAGGCCGCUUCACUUUGAUAAGCAGAAACACUUCUUGCCCUUUAUAUGUAGGUCAAGAAAACACAGAUCUUGGAAAAGGUUUACCUGUUAUCUUCACACCUUUUGCAAAAGAAGAUAAAGUUAUUAAAAUAGAAAGGGAUUUUAAGGUGAAGUUUUCAGCUUCUUCUAUUUGUGUACAAUCCACUGAAUGGAAAGUGAGUGGGGACAGUAUUAAUGGAAGGAGGCUUAUCAUAACGGGAACUGAUCGCUAUAACUAUUUUAGAAUCGCGAAGACUCAGUUUGGAGGUAUAUAUAAUAUUGAGUUUUGUCCCUCUGUGUGUAGCACUUGUAGAUUUGCUUGUGGUACUUUGGGUGGUCUGCGUGAGAAUGGGAAGAUUUUACAAGCUUUGGAUGGUAAUAAGCUCCCAGUUGAGUUUAUAAAGGCAUAAUGUGUUUGUAGGGCAGGCUCUACUUCUACACAUUAGACUGAUAUAUGAAAAAAUAACUUAAAAUACCAAUGACAAUGUCGUUGGCUUGAGCUUACUUGUGUUUUGUAGUUUUUAUUAAAGUUUGUGUUUGUAAUGUAUACUUAUUUCUUUGUUCUUGUAACAACUUGUUAAAUAAUUGGAGCUAUUCAUAUUAAAUAGUUACAGGGUAAAAAGAUGCAUGUGUCUUUUGUUUCUCUGGUCUAGAAUUUAGCUCCAAAAUGUUAUGUGUAAGUCUCAUAAAAAGUGUCAUUUGCCCUUUUUUUU